GUUUCUAUCCUUAACAGUGACUUAUUCUUGUUUACGUUUUUCCUGCUCAUUAGAAAGUAUUUUUCAUUUUGUUCAAUGAAUUAUUACAUCUAAACGUUUUCAGUGAUUUCAAGAUAGAGUAAUCGUGCCUAUAUAAGGGUAGAAAAGAUGGAUGAAACUGAAUCUACUUGUGUUAAUAGCUCAGCUGUUGUAAAAAAAGAAAAUACUGAUGGAAUUGACUCAUCUUGUCUGAAUAACUCAGCCGUUUUUAUAAAAGAAGAAAAUAUUGAUGAGACUGAGUCUACUUCCAAAAUGGAUACAGAAAUAACUGGGAAUUUGGUUAAAGAUGUCAGCUUGCCUGAAUCAACUUCAACAUGUGCUCUAAACUCAGCAUAUGAUUUUAGUUCAGCCUCCGUAACUAAAAUUAAACAAGAACCAAGUGAAAUUUUUUGUUGCGCUGGACUGCUUCCUUUGAAACAAGAAAAAAAUGAACUCGUCACAGUUAAUGAUAUCUGUGAACCUGCUAUUGUUAUUAAAGAAGAAAAGACAGAUUACAUUGAGUAUACUGAUUUUCGAAAUCAUGUCAAAGAAGAAGAAGAAAUGAUCAUGCCAGACGAUGGAGACCAGGAUUCUUUUAAAUUUUUAAAAGAAAUCGACCAGUGUGAAUUAAAAACUAAAUGGAAAAAAAAGAAAAGAACAUCAAGAGGCAAUUUCAGACCUGUUAGCUGCCAAAAAGACGAAGAAAUGACAUAUAAAUGUCAAUAUUGUGAAUUCACAGCAAACUAUUUUAGUAACUUUAAAACACAUAUAAAAGCUCAUCAUCUGAAACAUCAAUGUCCUCAUUGUAAAUACGCUGCCGCAUCUCCUAGUAUAAUGAAGAACCAUAUAAUAUCCUGUCAUACAGAUGAGAAACCAUUUAAAUGUCCUUAUUGUGACUUUACGACAGCAAGGGAAUCUAAUGUAAAAAGACAUGUUUUAACCCUUCACAAGGAACUGAGACCUCAUCAUCGGUGUCUGUAUAAAAUUGUGGCUGUAAAGUGGAUGAAAACGGAAACUGAAAAUCAAAAACUCAAAUAAUGGCUUGUCAUACUAUUCACUGAGACCAGAAUUCUUCACAAAAAUUGAAAGAGAACGACCAGUGUGACUUAAAAACCAAGUGGAAAAAUAAGAAAAGAACACCAAGUGCCAAUUUAAGACCUGUAAGAUCUGUUCGCUGCAAAAAAGAUGAAGAAAGGACACAUGAAUGUCAAAUUUGUGGAUUCAUAGCAAACUCUGGUCGUAACUUAAUAGCACAUGUAAAAGCCCGUCAUAAUAAGCAUCAAUGUCCUCAUUGUAAAUACGCUGCAGCAUAUCCCAGUACAGUAAAAAAACAUAUACUAUCCUGUCAUAUAGAUAAGAAACCACCUACAUGUCAAUAUUGUGGAUUCACAGCAAACAAUGAUAGAAACAUAAAAGCACACAUAAAAGCCCUCCAUAAGAAACAUCAAUGUCCUUAUUGUAAACACGUUGCAGCACAGCCUGGUUCAAUAGAAAGACAUAUAAUAGCCUGUCAUACAGAUGAGAAACCACAUAAAUGUCGAUAUUGUGGAUUCGCAACAAAAUAUGCUAAUAGCUUAAAAAUACAUGUGAAAGCCCUUCACUGGAAACACUGUCCUCAUUGUAAAUUCACUGCUGCACAGCCUAUUAGAAUAGAAAGACAUAUUUUAUCCUGUCAUACAGAUGAGAAACCAUUUAAAUGCCAUUAUUGUGACUUAAAUGUGUCUGAUAUAAAACAACAUGUUAUGACCUUUCACACGGAGCAGGAGCAGAAACAUCAUCGUUGUCUCCAUAAAAUUGUGGCUAUAAAGUGGGUGAAAACGGAAUCCUAAAAAUUCAUAUAAUGGCUUAUCGUACUGGCAAGAAGCCUCAGCAAUGUCCCCCUUGUGAAAGUGCAGUUUGGUAUCUACUUCUUUAAAAACAGGUCGUACCUACUUAGUAUCUAAAUUUAAAAAUUUAUUGAUUAUUGUUAUCUAUGAAUUAAUAUAUAAAUUAUUGUUUUAAAAUAUAAUCCUUUCUGCCUUUUAUGUAUAUAAGAUAUACAUUAAACAAUUCCAGACCAUCCCAGAAGGUUAUAGAACUCUUCGUUCAGUGAUAUUUAGAUCUUUUGGAUAAAUUUUUGACAUCUAAAACCGUUAUGAUAUUAAAUUUAGCAAGUUAUGAUUAUUACAUAUUUUAUAAAUGUUACAAAUAAUUAAUUUUCAAUAAAAAUUUGUAAAAUCACUAUAAUUUAUAAAUUUAUUAAUGUAUAUUUACUGUUAUUUAAAAUAUAUUUAUAUAAUUCUUCAAUCCAGUUUCUUGAAACAUA